AUGAAGGUUUUCUACGCUACUUAUCUUGUUUCCUUCUACUUUUACCUUUCUUUAGUGACAGCCUCCCCAGUCCGUCCUGGCAGCACAACCCUAAGCCCUGUUGCUGAGUCUCAAGCCCGAGCUUUCAAUGCUCCCCGUGCUAGAAACGUAACUUCUGAGGCUGUCCCGGUUCCAUUAUCAACUGGAUCCGCGGAGACUGGCACAGAGGAACAGGCUUCAAGUGAGGCUACUCCAACUCAGGCCUCUGCUGCCCUUUCUGAAGGACAGGCUACCCCCGAAAUAUCUGCUACUGCCACUGAAACCCAAGAUGCCUCUGAGACCCAAGCUUCUUCUGAGGCCCAAACUACUUCUGAGUCCCAGACCUCGGAGACCCAAACUACCUCUGAGACGUCUGUCUCCGUUACUGAGAUGACAUCAGCUGCCCCUGAGAUGACUGGCACCGCCACUGAAAACCAGGCUGCCCCUCAGAUCACUGCUGCAGCUACUGAAAGCCAGGCUGCCCCCGAAAUGACCUCGACCGCCUCUGGAAUGGCCUCCCAGUCUGAGGCAUCUCCAACUCAGGCUGAGGCUAGCCCUCAAGAGACUAUGGGAUCUUCACCUUCACCUUCACUAUCACCAUCAGUUUCAGAGGAGGCCCCCAAUAGCGAAGCUCACCGUGUCCACAAAGCUAGCCCUAAGCAGGGUAAUCUAUGCAAGACUGGUGACUCUUACUGCUGUGAUGAGAAGGAUGGAAAAAAUACCUGUAUCAAGUCGAGGACAAGCUGCGACCAGAAAGUUAUCUGCUGCAACAACGAUAAUGGCUAUCAAUUUUGUAUGGGUGAUAUCAACUUCAACAUGCCAAUCACCUUUAACAUUGACGUGGACUUGGAUUUCUAA